AUGUAAAAUAAUUGCAUCUCGAAUUCCCUUUACUUUACCAAACACACUCAUUUCAAAUAAAAUAUUUAUCGAGGAUAUUUUGUCUUUAAAAAUGCCAAUUUUAGCAUUCUAGAAACAAGAAACAAAAUGAGAUAUGAUAGCAAACAUUCUGAACCUGAAGAUUAGGUCUUUGUUUCAAGUUCAGUCUAAUAAAUACCAAGUUAGAGAAGAAUAACAUCUGAAAAUUCUAAUAUUGAAGAUUAAUAAAUAUAACAGAUUGAUAAUAAAGGAGUAAAUAAGCGAUAUUAAACUAAUAUCAAACUUAUGCAAAAAGAAUAAUAAAUCCUACCAUAAUUAUCAUCUACAUAAUAAGUAGUUAGAAUGAAGUUGCAAAGUCGAUAAUUAAAGGCUAAACCUAAUUUCAAGAAACAAAAGAGUUUAGAACAUGCUGUUCAAUUACGUUAUUUAAAUAAAUAAUAUGAAGAAUUACAUAAAGGUAUCAUGAUCAAAUGUCUAUUUUUAAAUAUUAAUAAUAGAGAAGAAUAUUUGGAUAAAGUUAUUAUUUUGAAUUUUGAAAGUACUUAAUUUUAAUUGAUUAGAUUUAUUAUUGCAAUCUAAAAGAAGCUUUUGGGAUCAUAAAACUGAUCUAAAAAUAUGCCAUUCUUUUUCAAUAGGUAGCGUUAUAGAAUAAUGUGAUAGUCCUUAUUGUCCAUGUACUCUAAGAAGUGAUCUCAAAAAUACUUUAAGAAUGUAUAAUAUCUUUUUAUUUUUAUAUUAUUCUUAGACUUUCGAAAGCUUAUUUAAUAGUACUCCUAUUUACUAAUUAGACCUUUGCUUUUGUUUGGUAAAGAUAUUUAUAAGAUAAUGGUUACAUUUAUGAUGCAAUCUAUUUAUCUAAAUAAUUAUCUCAAUAAAUUGAAUGUGGAGGUAUUAAGCUUAAUAGAUUAUUAAGAGAUUUUAACAAAUUUAAAAUUACUAAAUUAUUAAUAUUUGAUUCCAUCGAUAUUUCUAAUACUUUUCCAAAAAUACCUCCUGAUCAAUUUCAAUAUAAAUUACCUAUACAUGGAACUGAAGUAGAAACAAUAUUAUUCAUUUUUUAAUAAAUUUAAAAUCCAAAAUAAUUUGAUUCCAAAGUCAUUUUUGAUAUUUGCACUUCUCUCUAUAAUGAUUCAAAUGUUAUCAUUAGUAGAAAACCUAUUACUAUAUUAUCUAUUGAUCUAACUUGUGCAUAUAAUUACUUUAAUCAAAAAGAGGACUUUUUUUAAGAUAAAUUAUAAAUUUUAUCUAAAUUAUCCACAAUUUAAGAAGAAUUCAAUAAAAAUAUCAUUUAAUUUGAUUCUACACUGCUCUAAGAACAAGAAGAUUAAGUAUACAAAUGGGUUGAUACUACACGUAAUCGAGUUUUAGAUUAAAUUAAAUCAAAGUUUUAAGAGAAAAUACCAUUAUUACAUUUUACAGUUGGAGAUUUGAUUGUUCGAAAUCAUAAAUUUAAAAAGUUAUAUUUUAACUAUCCUCAAUCAUAAUUAAUUCAUAAAGAAUCUUUAUUGAAUAAAAAAAUUAUUAAAAUAGAUACAGAAACUGCAGCAUAUCAAAACAAAUAAAAAAAUUAAUUAACAAUAAACUGCUUUCUAUGUAUAGAAUGA